AUGUCUCCCCGAUUACGAUGUAUGAAGAGGCAAAAAAAGCAAACUGUCCUAUUCCAAAUUGGUGGACGUGCGCCGCAGAAAGCGAUUCAAAAGUCAACUCGCGGUAAACCAAAGAAAGCAAUCGUUCCAUCUCCGUCGAUGGCAACCGCCACUGCCGUACAGAAUCGGAAACGAACAACCGCGCGAAUGUCAACUGGAGGGAAAUGGAGGGCUCCACCGAAGAAAAAGUUGGCACUGGCCCCGACUAUUGAAUCUUCCCUGGCACCUCAAUCCGUUACAUUGUCUCCUGGGAAGAAUCGUCGUGGUCAGCGUCCUGUGGGCCGCCCGAGAAAGUCACCGGCUCUCUCUCCACAGAAGAAUAAAAGACCUGUUGGCCGUCCAAGAAAAUUAGUGGUUCCUGCUCCAUCAAAGAACAAGAACCCUGUUGGCCGUCCGAAGAAGUUGGUUAUCACUCCAACUGGCUCAACCCGGACUACUGGAUCCGUUACGAUGACUUCUAAGAAAAAUCCUCGGCGUCCUGUUGGCCGACCAAGAAAGACGGUUAAUCCUGCUCCAUCGAAAAAGAAGGGUACAACCCCUCCAGCUACUGACUUUCCUCCACCUGUUAUCCGACGGUAUACCGGACCAAGGUUUUGGUUUGGAACGCAUAAACCUAUUCGACGACCCGAUCCAGAACAUCCAAUCGCCAUUGAUCCGCCAGCAUCUGCUCCAGUUGCCAAUGCUGAAGCGGUCACUGCUCCAGCCGCUACAGCUCCAGUCGCCACUGCUCCAACUCCCGUUCGUCGAAACCCAUACGUUACCCAAGCAUUGUAUGACCGUCAACGUGCAACGUCCCGAAUGUCAACUGGUGGAAGGAGAGCAGUCUACACGAAGCCCUGUCCAACCAUACCAGUUCAUCUGCUGAGUGAAGAAGAAUAA